AUGCAACUGCUUGAUAAUGCUGUUGAUCUUCGAGGAUCUCAAGUGCUUAAUGUGAAACGGUAUCAUUCGAUUGUAUGGCAACGGCGAUGUAUGGCACUUGCAACUCUUCUUGCGUAUCUAGCAAUAAUUAUAUUUGUAAUUUCACUGCUCACACCAAAUUGGACCAUAAUCGAUUUUACAAAUACAGACUUCGAAGAAAUACAUGUGCAGUUAGGUGUUUGGGGUGAAUGGCGAACAAAAACAAAUGGAACAAAACAAAUUGUGGAAUGGAUACCGCACUUUCCAAGGCCUCCGGAACAUGUUCUUCGACUUGCAGAUGCUGAUCUCAAGCACUUCUAUUUGGUGCAAAUGGUAUUUGGUAUUAUAUCAUUGUUACUAAUGUUUUCAACUAAUGCACUUGCAGUGUAUACAUUUUAUCAUCAUCGUUAUAUAUUUAAACGCUUGGUUGCAUGUCUUUAUGGUGUUAUUGCAAUGUGUAUUGUUGUUACAAUAGAAAUAUUAACAAACAGCAUUAGUGAAUGGAAUCGUUCUGUUGCAGAACAAGCUAAGAAUAUAGAAUGGGAUUAUUCAGUGGGUCAGACAACAGGUUUACCCACAUAUUUAGCUUGGACAUGUGUGCUUAUAUAUCUUUUCGCUGCAAUUGCAUUUGCGCUCGGAUCGCAUAAGCAUAAGGGCUCGCGAGCAGCAACUGCCGAAUUCGAGAUUGAAGAUCGACCAGUUCACAUUGGACGGUGA